UAUUCACAAUGGGGUCAGACGAUAGAAUACAGGGGGAGGCGCUGUUUGGGAAUUUGGGAAGUUUUGCAGCCGGCCCUUUGCACCCGACGCUAAAUUCACACGGAUACCGAGGAGAUAAAGAGGCAUCAACCAAUAGGGAGUCCAUUCAUAGACAGCAAGAGAAAGAAAGCGAGCGGGACAAGAGGGUUUAACGAUUAAUUAAAUAAACAAACAACCGAGGCACCGAUGGACGCAGACGAGAAAAUGCACCUUUUAAGAGAGGACAGCAGAAAAUACUCUGGAAUAUUGGGGAAUGAUUUACACAAUCAGGUUUUUGCAUACAUGGCUGAUCUAAAGGACAUUGAAAUGGGUCAGCAGGGUAACAAGCACUGCCAUUCUAACCGGUCACAGGAAGGCUCUCAAAGCACAGCAAAGGAACGUGCAAGGAGGAAACUUUACGUGGCAUCUGUAGUCUGCCUGCUGUUCAUGACUGGCGAGGUGAUAGGGGGAUACCUGGCACAGAGUUUGGCAAUCAUGACAGAUGCUGCCCACCUUCUAACUGAUUUUGCCAGCAUGAUGAUAAGUUUGUUUGCCCUGUGGGUGUCUUCACGUCCAGCUACAAAAACAAUGAACUUUGGUUGGCACCGUGCAGAGAUUUUGGGAGCUCUUGUUUCUGUCCUGUCCAUCUGGGUUGUGACUGGCGUCCUGGUGUAUUUGGCUGUUGAACGUUUGAUUUCUGGACAAUAUGAAAUUGAAGAAACAACAAUGCUUAUCACCUCAGCCUGUGCUGUAGCUGUAAAUAUUAUAAUGGGCCUGAUCCUUCAUCAAACAGGACAUGGGCAUAGCCAUGGUGAUAGUAACUCACACAGUCACUCACACAGUUCUGGAAACCACCAUAACCCCAGUGUCCGGGCUGCCUUCAUACAUGUGCUAGGAGAUUUCCUGCAGAGUGUUGGGGUUCUAACUGCUGCUUUUGUAAUAUAUUUCAAGCCAGAGUAUAAAAUGAUUGAUCCCAUCUGCACGUUCCUGUUCUCUGUUUUGGUCUUGGGGACUACACUCACCAUCCUCAGAGAUGUUUUGUUGGUACUGAUGGAAGGUACCCCCAAAGGAGUGGACUUUAACUUGGUUAAAGAUACUCUGCUGUCCAUCAAUGGGGUGAAAGCGCUUCAUAGCCUGCACAUCUGGGCUCUUACAGUGUCCCAACCUGUCCUGUCUGUUCACAUAGCAAUCAAUGCAGAUGCAGAUUCCCAAGUAGUUUUGAAAGAGGCCAAUACUGUGCUGCAGGAGAAAUUUCACUUUCACACCACGACCAUCCAAAUAGAAAAUUACUCUGAAGACAUGAGAGAUUGUCAAGAGUGCCAGGAUCCAUCAGACUGAGCACAUUGUACACUAACAAGCAGAUGUUCAAUUAAGGGUUCCCAGGAACUUCAAGAACUCCAGCACAACUACCUCAACCACUGACCACUUUUGUCAUGGGCCUGUUCUACUUGCAGUAUUUGCUCGCUGGUGCCAAUAUUUAAGAGAUCUUGACAGUGUUAUACGAAUGCUUGCUGUUUAACUUCUCACUACUCCACCAGGAUUCAGGUGUUGGAACAUGCACUGGCAUAGGGAGGAAUGUUUGCUUCCUGUUGCUCCUCUCAUUCUAGACACUUGCACAUUGCUAAUAAGACUCCAUCAUUGCUCAUAGAAUGUUAAUAAAAUAUUUUAUCAUUUUAUGAUA